AUGGAACAAUAACAUACAAGUCUAAUAAAAUACAAACUAGUAAUAUAAAAAAAAAAUGAAAAAUAAUAAUAAAAAAAAGUUGAUGAGUCUAAUUUCAAAUAACCUUAUAAAAUUGAUAUAAAUUUAUCAAGUAUUGGAUUUGGAACAUAUUAAGGAUCUCCAACAAAAGAAAAUGAUUUAUAAAUGUUUAAUGCUUUAAUAGAUAGUAUUUGUACUGGAGGAGUGAAUGUUAUAGAUACCUCUAUAAAUUAUCGAUAUUAAAAAUCCGAAAGAACAAUCGGAGCUGCUUUAAGUUAUUUAAAAUCUUAAAAACAAAUAGAAAGAGACUAAUAUUUUUUAUCUUCAAAAGGAGGAUUUAUUCCCGAAGAUUAUGACUAAAAAAUUAACAGAUAAGAUAUGAUUAAAAAAUUAAAUUUAUCUUAAGCAGAAAUUAUAAAUAAUCAAUAUUCUCUUUCUAAAAAUUUCCUUUCUUAAUCUAUUGAAAUGUCCUUGAAUAAUUUAGGAAUAGAUACUUUAGAUUUGUUUUAUUUAUAAAAUUCAUCUGAAUAAAUAUUACCUGUUUUGGGUAGAGAAAAGUACUUUUUAUUAUUAUAAAAGGCUUUUGAAUGUUUGGAAGAAAAAAUAAUGUAAAAAAAAAUUAAUUCUUAUGGACUGGCAACUUGGAUUUCAUUUAGAUGUUCUUCUUAUAUGGAAAAAUUUUAUUUAAAUUUGGAAGAUAUCGUAAAUUUGGCAGAAAAUGUAGGAGGAAAAAAUCAUGGGUUUAAGUUUAUUUAAUUACCUGUAAUUUAAUAAAUAUAAAAAUAUUUAUUUUAUUUAUAAAUAAAGGUAAAUUUAAUGAUGCCAGAAUGUUUUGCUGAAAAAUAUUAAAUAAUAUAAAAUGAAAAAGGUGAAAAGUAAGAAGAAUAUCUAUUAAAAGUUGCAAAAUAACUUUAAAUUAAUAUAAUUACUUCAUCACCUUUAAUGAAUGGAGCAUUAAUUAAUACUCCUUUAAGUUCUUAAGUAUUUGAAUGUGCAAAUUUAGGGGCUAAACACUUAUAAUUUAUAAGAUCUAUUCCUUCAGACGCUAUAUGCUCAACAUUGAUUGGAUAAAAAAAAAAUAGACAUGUAAAAAUGAAUUUAGAAGUAUUAAGUUAUCCUAAAAUUAAUGAAGAUAAAUUUUGGUUAAAUUUAGCUCCUUCCUUAAGAGAAGAAUAAGAAGAAGAAAUUGGUGCAUAUUGAAUAAUAAAACAUAUAAAUAUAUCUAAU